UCGUGUGCUUUUGAUAAUUAUUUUUAUUAGGAACAGCUAUUAAUACAAAAUUGCUCAUAAUGUGGUUCAUAUUAUUCGCAGUUUUUACCUUUAAACUAAUGUGCAUUUUUAUCUUUGUCAUCUAUUGCGUUGUCACUUUUCUUCUGGUUAUGUACAAUGCUCAAACAGAGGAAUUGCGAAGAUGUAUCGUACUCCAAGAUACAAACUUGGAUGUGGAAUUUCCGACUGAAAGUCGCGAGAGCGUAGAUGAUAAAUUGGAAGUGUUAACGGAAAAGCUUACAGAAAAAGAACGCGUGUUACAGAAAUCGCAAUGUGAAAUAAAAAAUGCAGAAAAGGCGUUAACUGAUUUGGAAAAUAAAACAUCGUCCUGCCGAGAUCGAUAUCGCUCGUUGAUGAUUGAAUUGAAAAAGGACAUUCGAGAAACUGAGGAUGAGGUGAGAACGCUGCAAAAUCAAAUAUCGAAUUUAUCGAUUCGACGAGAAGCUCUUAGGAGCGAGGUAUUAAAGCAACAAGAAGAUUAUCAGAAAAUGCUGAGUGGUUUUUCCAAGGAAUUGGAAAGUAAAAAAACAUUAUUCUGUACGUUAUUACGAAAUAUUCUAUUUUGUUUAAAAAUAGAUUUUCAUUAUUUUAAUUGGCGCUUUCAAUAUCUAUAGCUUCGGGUAUCGAGAAAUCAAGACACCAUCGCGUGAGUUGUUUCAGUUUACCAUGAAAAAUUUCAUCGACUUUUCUGUAUAUAUAAUAAUUAUUUUUAAUCAAAUGUUCGCAGUAUUGCCUUUCAUAUUGAAGAACAAAAAUUAGAGUGAGUAAUUAAAAAGUGCUACUAAAUGUUGCUUUGUCGAAAAUCGUCGUAGUAUCGAAUGAUUAAGAAAAGAGUUUUUUUUUUCAAUCGAAUCAUAAUUUUUAUUUAAUAAUCACAAUAUAUACAUUUGAGUAAAUGAUCAGUAUGGAAGUUCCUUUGCGUUCAAUCGCAUGGUACAAAUUAACAUUGAGAAAUUAAAAUUUAAUUCGAGUGACAAAUGGAUUUCGAUUACGCGUAUUAAUUAUACUUUUCGGAUUGAGACAAAAAAUGCCAAAUAGAUUACAUCUAUUUUAUCAAUUAACGUAUUGAUUGCCGAUGAUUGUAGAUAUUUUCGAUGAAGUAGAUAAUUUUCAAAGAUAACCAGGACACUGUACUAAAGUUUAAACAUUAAAUAAUAUAGAGCGUAUUAUAUGAUAAGAAAAUAAAGCAAGAAUCAAGAAUCAUAAAAGUAAUUUUUACAUACAGUAAAACAGACCUCUUUACUUCAUAUUGUUUGGAGAUAAAAAAACAUAUUUUAUAUAAACUCAAUUUAUUGAAAUGAGAAUAAAAAUAAGGAGGUCACAUAGAUUUUUUAAAGUAUUCCUUUCUAUCUCAAAAUUGUUCCAUUUUAAGUGCCUUAUUCUUCAUAACCAUGGAAUUACAUGUUCAUACGAACUCUCCAAAACGAAUAGUGCUGAGAGAUGUUUUAAGGCAUUUGUUUCUUUCCCGAUGCAUACUGUGAUAAUUUUUCAGUAACUGAAUUUUCUUUAUGAAAGUACAGUUCCUUGAUAAAUGUGUAGUGAACAGAGAAGGAAGUAUUUUUCGAUUUGAAUGAACGCUAUAAAAUAUUCGUUGAGCUUGUUAAGUGCACAUGAAAGGAACUUUCCUGCCAUUCUGUCCGUUCCUUAAAUUCUUUCUACCUUGUUCUCUUAUUCUAGACGUUUCAUUAUUAUAUCCCA